CCGUCGCAUGGGAGAUGCUGGGCCUAUUUGUAGCACAGGCCCAACCGCCCAACCCAGAUUCUGUCGCGUUCUUUCGACGCCAACCCCGACCCGCGGCCCCACCACCCAGGGCCAAAUUCCCCUGCGAUCCUCUGUGUCCACCUCUCCUUUCUCACACCUCGACGCCUCUCUCUCUUUCCCCGAGCUCUCGAAACCCUAGGUGCGUGCCGACCGGCGGCGGCGGCGAGGUGAUGGCGAUGGACCCGGACGCGGUGGCGAAAGCCUUCGUGGAGCACUACUACCGGACGUUCGACACCAACCGCGCGGCGCUGGUGGGGCUGUAUCAGGAGACCUCCAUGCUCACCUUCGAGGGCCAGAAGUUCCAGGGCCCAUCCGCCAUUGCCGGCAAGCUCGGAUCUCUUCCCUUCCAGGCCUGCGAGCACCAGAUCGUCACCGUCGACUGCCAGCCGUCGGGGCCCCAGGGAGGCAUGCUCGUCUUCGUCUCCGGUUCCAUCCGCACCGGCCCCGAGGAGCACCCCAUCAAGUUCUCUCAGGCAUUCCAUUUGCUGCCGGCAGCUGGGUCCUUCUUCGUGCAGAAUGACAUGUUCCGCCUGAACUAUGGCUAAAAGACAGCCGAAAACUCUUGUGAUGAACGAAUUUGUUAAGGGCUUCAUGUUGAGACGAUGAAUACCGACUGUCGCCGCUACUCUCAUCUCCUUUGUAUCUCCUCUGUUGGCUGAUUAACUGUUAUUACAAGAAAUUGCUGGACUUGUUUUUUCCAGUUGUUUUGAAUCAUGUAUUAUGGUUGCAUGGGCACCAUUUCUUCGUGGGAUGUGAAUUGAAACAGUCCAAAUCAAUUGGUGUGGCAGAUAUCUGGUUUGCCCUUCUA